UACAUCAUGAAGCCGAACCGCGGCUCCGAGGGCGACCACAUCUACCUCACGUACGCGCCGCCGAGGCCCUGGGAGCCGCUGCCGCCGACGAAGCACGCCUACGCGACGCAGGCCCACUGGGUCUGCCAGAGGUACGUGCCGCGGCCCUGCACGCUCGACGGCUUCAAGUUCGACCUGCGGCUCUACGUCGUGAUCACGGCCGUGGACCCGCCGCGCGCGUACCUCUGCCGCGGCGGCCUCGCGCGGCUCGCGACGGUGCCCUACGCGGCGCCGGCGGCGACCAACGUCGCCACGACGCUCAUGCACCUCACGAACUACUCGCUGAACCGCCACGCGGCGGCCUUCGUGCCAGCGGACGACGACCGCGGGGACCGCGCGUCGAAGCGGUCCGCGGCGGCCGCGUUCGAGCGCCUGGCGGCGGACCGGGGCGUCGCCGUCGAGGCCAUCUGGGCGUCGCUCGACGCCGUCGCCGCGAAGACGGUCGCGGCGCUCUGGCCCGAGCUCGCCUUCCGCCACCGGUCGGCGUUCGGCGCGUCCGCCGCGACGCGAGGCUUCCACCUCGUCGGCCUCGACGUGCUCCUGGAUGAAACUCUGGCGCCCCACGUCCUCGAGUGCAACCAGAACCCGUCCCUCGACAUC